GCACGUGUUAGUGUUUAACCAGCGAGCAGGGCAGGUAGCAAAGUGUAACUCCCCGACCCACUCGCCGCUCUACACAAGCCAACAUGAAGACCUACGGGAAAAUCAUCCGCAAGAUCCGCUGUGCCAUUUCCAUCCGCAAUAGGUGGGCACGGGAAGCCCUGGCAGAGCUCCUAUCCACCUUCAUCAUGAUGCUCUUCGGACUGGGAUCUUGUGCCCAAGUGGUUUUAGGAAAACACGAGUUUGGCCAAUAUCUCAGCAUCAAUCUCUCGUUUGGGUUUGGCGUCACGAUGGGGAUCCAUGUGGCUGGAGGAGUAUCUGGUGCUCAUAUGAACUCGGCUGUGUCGCUGACAAACUGCGUUUUGGGGAAUCUGCCUUGGAGAAAAUUGCCAGUUUAUGUACUGGCCCAAAUGCUCGGCUCCUUCCUGGCGGCUGUAGUGGUGUAUUGCCUCUAUUCUGAGGCCUUGUACAACUACUGCGGCGGCAUCUUCACAGUUACAGGUCCAAAUGAGACAGCCAGUAUAUUUGCAACAUACCCACAGCCCUACCUGUCCAUUGGAGGAGGGUUCUUGGACCAGGUCAUUGGCACGGGAGCCUUGUUACUUUGCCUCCUUGCGAUUGGUGAUAGAAAGAAUAGCCCGGCCCUGAAGGGGACUGAAGCUGUUAUAGUUGGACUAUUGGUCACUGUUAUUGGGAUGUCUAUGGGAAUGAAUUCUGGAUAUGCCAUCAACCCGGCAAGGGAUCUUGGGCCCCGGAUCUUUACUGCCAUUGCCGGAUGGGGAAUAGAAGUAUUCAGGGCCGGACAUUACUGGAGCUGGGUGCCCAUUGUGGCCCCCUGUGUGGGUGGCCUGACCGGUGCCUUUCUGUACAAGCUGCUAGUUGGGCUGCACCAUCAGCCGGAGGAAGAGGAGACUAAGGAGGAAGAAGUGACUAAAAUGGAUGAGAUGGAGAAAGGCAACCCAGAGACUUUCAGCGAGUUCAUGUAAAUGACAGGAGACGGCAACCACGGAACCGGCUGGCCCGUAACCUUGUCGCCUUUGGUGGGACACUCGGCGGCUGUCAUUAUACAUAGCGGCUACAGUCUACAUACAGCGGCCAUAUACGCAAUGUGCCCGGCUAGUGGCCCAGGCAGCCUUCCCCUUGGCUCACAGAUUCCUGGGGGUGGAAGGUGGCUACAAAGACUUCCUAUGCCAUAUACAGUAUAUAUAUAUAUUAGCUGAACUGCCAAUUGCACACGGCCAGAUUUCUCUGCAUAGGAGCCUCAUUUUGCAAAGUGUGGGGCAUCACUGGGUGCAAAAGCAGGUGCUAAAGCGGUGCCCCUGUAUUAAUGCCAUACAAAUGCAACUAUAGGAAGCAGCAAUUCUGAGAUACAUGUAGCACUAUAGCACUUUAGAGAAAUAAUAAGAUACCUAUGUGUUAUACAGGAUUAUUUCUAUUCUGUUCCUCAACCUAAUCUUGUUAUUGCCAGCUCCAACCAAUCCGAUCGUCAGAUGCUGAUAGGUGUCACCUUGCUGCCAAGCGCUACUGACAAGCUGCAAAACUGAAUGUCUAAUUUGCAGCAUUCCUGGCUCUUAGCAUCUGAGUCAAUCGGCCAUUAGCGCUACACGGCCUACAUGGUGCUAAUUAUUGUUAAUUACAGCUGGAGAGACUUAUUAUAACGCAGUGAUUAAUUCCAUGGGAGCAAUCAGUGUUCCGCUCCUGACUGUGUAACGUUGUUGUUGGUUCCUUAUAACCAGCCAUUCUUAGUUCUGUGGAAAAUGGAUACAAAAUGUCAUGUGUCGUGUGUAUAAACCAGGGAAGAACUGCAAUAAAAUCUUUCACAGGCA